AUGUCUGGAAGGUCCUCGGGAAGGCAGGCGGCGCCGGCAGGGGUUACAGAUUGGUUGGCAUGUUCAUUUGAUGACUUUGGAAAUACAAGUACUUCUAGUGCUGUUCCUGUGAAGCCACUAGAAGGCAAAUCUGGAAGAAAGUGGCAGCAGCAGAAGAAUGACCUGUCUUCUGUGCCAGAAACUAGCAAAACCAAAGUUCUACCCAGGAAAAGAGCAAAGUCAUCUUCAGUAGAUCUGCCUUGUAACAAGUCCAGACAGAACAGGAGCUGUUCUCAAGAUGAGCCAUGGGUAGAUAGAUACAAACCUGAAACUCAGGGUGACCUUGCUGUGCAAAAAAAGAAAAUUGAAGAAGUUGAAACAUGGUUAAAAAUGCACAUAUUUCAGAGGGAACCAAAGCAGGGUGCUUCUGUUUUAUUACUAACUGGUCCACCUGGUUGUGGGAAGACUGCAACUAUACAAAUAUUAGCAAAAGAUCUUGGCAUUCAGGUGCAAGAAUGGAUCAAUCCAAUAUCUUUAGACUUUACAAAGGAAGACUUCAGAAAUAUAUUUAGCUAUGACUCAAAUCUCCCUAUGUUUCCAAGUCAGGCCCAAGCAGCUCUCUUUCAAGAUUUUCUAUUAAGAGCAAAUAAAUAUAACAAACUUCAGAUGCUUGGGGAGUCUUCAGAAAAUAAUAAAAAACUUAUUCUUGUUGAAGACAUACCUAACCAAUUCUAUCGAGAUCCUAGCAGUCUACAUGAAAUUCUCAGGAGGUUUGUUCAUACAAGUAGAUGUCCCCUUAUAUUCAUAAUCUCAGAUAACUUCAGCGGGGACAGCAAUCAGAGGUUACUAUUCCCAAUGGAAUUUCUAGAGGAGCUGUGCAUAUCCAAUAUUAGUUUCAAGCCUAUUGCACCAACGAACAUGAUGAAAGUUCUUAACCGAAUAGCUGCAACAGAAGCUAGUAUGAACAGAGAAAAGAAUCAUGCUCUUGAUAGAACCUCUCUGGAGUUGCUUUGCAGAGGUUGUUCAGGUGAUAUAAGAAGUGCAAUAAACAGUCUUCAGUUUUCUUCUAUGCAAGUCAGCUCAUUAGAGAAAGAGUUUUGGUCAAGGAAGAAAAGGAUCUCUACACUGAAAUAUGAAGCAGAAGUAUCUAAACUAAGAAAGAGAAGUAAAAGUGAUACCUCAGAAGACCAGGAGAUACAAGCUAUCGGUGGCAAAGAUGCUUCCAUCUUUCUUUUCCAUGCUUUGGGGAAAAUACUUUACUGCAAAAGAGAACCAACGUCAGAAUCAGAAUUCCCUCAGCUGCCUGCUCACUUAUCGGAAUAUCGUCGAGAUACCUUGCUUAUUCAGCCUGAGGAUAUCGUGGAAAAAUCACAUAUGUCUGGGACCAUGUUUAAUUUAUACCUUCACCAGAACUAUGUAGACUUCUUUUCUGAUAUAGAUGAUGUAGUGAGAGCCAGUGAGUAUUUGAGUGCUGCGGAUGUCCUCUGUAGCAAUUGGAAUACACGGUUGGAGAUGGAAAAAUAUAGUGCAUCUCUGGCUACCCGGGGGGUGAUACAUUCAAAUACGUCCAGAGCCUUUGCCCACAACCAAGGAGGGAUGGGGUUCCGGCCUUUACACAAGCCCCAAUGGUUCUUUAUCAAUAAAAAGUAUCAAGAAAAUUGCCUUGCUGCAAAAUCACUUUUUUCAAGCUUCUGCUUACCACCUGAAUGUCUUCAGACUGAGCUACUGCCUUAUCUUGCUUUGUUAGCAAAUCCAAUGAGAAACCAAGCUCAGAUUUCUUUUAUCCAAGACGUUGGGAGGCUACCACUGAAAAGACACUUUGGGAGGUUAAAGCUGGAAACACUUACUGACAAAGAUCCUGGGAUACCAGACAUAUUUGUUAUCUCUGAAGGGGACCCUGCUGAUGUGUAUACUGUGGAGGUAGCUGCACAGAUGGAGAAAAGCACAACAAAUGAGAAGGGGCUGGAUGGAUUCACUCUCUCUUCCAGCCAGUGCAGUGGAAGUGAACUUCCUGGCAGUCAGCCUCAGCCUGUGGCAGCUCAAGCAAUCAUGGAGGAAGAAGAAUUAAAAAUAGAGGAAUAUGAUAGUGACUGAGUACAA